AGCGUUUUUCCAACCCACAAACUCCUCGUUUUUCAAUUGGUCGUUUAGUACAGUACCCCUUCCGUUCAAUUGAACGUUACAGAACAUAAAUCGUACUGUACGCAGCCCAGGACUGCUGCCAGACCCUUCUGACAGUAUCGGAUAGUGAGGCAUUCUCAAUCGGUGUUGGAGCUAUUUAACUCUUAUUGGAGGCAUCGAAUACGUUGUACUCGACUGGUUUACUAUAGAAAUGUUCUGUAAAAAUGUUUUAUAGACAUUGUAUUGCAAACCUCGAGCGCCCCAAUCAAAUGGAGCGCAUUACAUCACAUGCGCUUUUCUUCCCUUGAGAAAAAAAACACUGGAGCGGAUGUCGCGGCGGCACUGACUGUUUGUGGUGAGCUGUCAGUGAGCUUCUACGCUCAAUGUGUGGUAGCGAGGCAGCAGAAAGCGUGGCUGAAGCUUGGGACCGAUGGAACAGUAGCGCCUGUAAACUGGCAGAGCACCAUAGAAGUGGAGAAUCGGGGGGUGGGUGGGGGGGUUGUAUGUGAAUUUCAAAGAAGUCGGGAUGGACGGCAAAGGUACGUUGAAGAUGUUCUCCCGAAAGAAAAGGGAAUUGAUAAAAACCCCUUCCAUCUCGAAGAAGACUCGAGCAGGAAGCCCCGGGCCACAGAGCUCAUCAUCACUGUCUAUUCUCCAGGAGCAGCCUCGUCGUGAUGCUAUCGACACCACCCCUUCCUCAACCUCAUCCUCCUCCACCCUCUUCCCCAUUCCCGGUGCCCCAUCGGACUCCUCCGUGUCCUGCCCUGGCACCCCAAAUGCCCAGCACAGCAAGCUGGUGGGGGUGGGCUGCCCGACCCCAGGGGCCACCAUGAAGAGGCCCACCGGCCUCAGCCGUCAUGCCAGCGCCGCGGGGUUCCCUAUCCACUCAUGGGUGUUCACCAAGGGCCAGGGAAAAGGGGCUAUCACCCCCACCACCCCCCAAGACAGCUCAGAGAGCAUGGCCAUCGAGGUGGAGGACAUCCCCUCUCUGUUAAGUAAUGUGGCCCGCUUUGCUGAGGCCGUAGAGAAGUUGAAGGACGUUGUAUUGGGGGAAGACAAGCAGGAGAACCGUCGCCCUCUGGCCCAUGAGUGCCUGGGAGAGGUCCUGAGGGUCCUACGACAGGUCAUCAGCACCUACCCUCUCCUCAACACUGUGGAGACCCUUACUGCUGCAGGCAAACUCAUAUCUAAGGUUAAAGGAUUUCACUAUGAGACUUGUAAUGACACAGAAAAGAAGGACUUUGAGAAGGCCAUUGAAACCAUUGCAGUUGCUUUUAGUAGCAGUGUGUCAGAGCUGCUGAUGGGGGAGGUGGACAGCAGUACCCUACUGUCCCUGCUGCCAACAGAGAAGAGCAGGUCUAUGGAGAACCUGUACGGGGUGUCGGGUCAUGGGCUAGAGGGAGCUCAGAUGAGGAGUGACCUGCAGGACUUUGGCCGGGCCGAGGAGGUGGACAUCAUGCUGCAACGUAGUGAAGGGGGAGUGGACUCUGCUCUGGCCUACGCUAAGACCAUCUCUAAAUACAUGAAGGACCUGAUGAGCUACGUGGAGAAGAGGACCUCACUGGAGGUGGAGUUUGCCAAGGGCUUACAAAGACUGUACCAGUCCAGCAAGCACAGCAUCACACAUCCCCACAUGCCCUUCUACUCCAUCUACUCUCUGGCUCUGGAGCAGGACUUGGAGCAGAGCAGUGGGAUGCAGCAGGCCGCCACCACACUGCACAACCAGACCUUCCUACAGCCUCUGAUGCAGCGUAAACACGAGCACGAGAAGAAACGCAAGGAGGUCAAGGAACAGUGGUACCGUGCCAAGAGGAAACUGAUGGAAUGUGAGUCUAACCUGCGAAAGGCCAAGCAUGCCUACAUGGCUCGCUGUGAGGAGCACGACAAGGCCAAAGCAGCUGCUAGCAGAGCCGCAGAGGAGGAUGGAGGAGGCUCUACCACCAAGUCUCUGGGCAAAAAGUUACGAGUGGAGGAAGAUGCUCGCAACAAGGCUGAAGAGGCAGAGGCCACCUACAGGACAUGCAUAGCAGACGCCACCACCCAGCAGCAGGAGCUGGAACACGUCAAGGUCAAUGUGCUCCGACUGCUGCAGGAGGUCAUCAAACAGAGUGACCAGACACUGCGCUCGGCCACCAUCUCGUACUACCAGAUAAUGCACAUGCAGACGGUGGUGUUGCCGGUCCACUACCAGACUCUGUGUGAGAGCAGUAAGCUGUAUGACCCGGGACAGCAGUACGCUGCCCACGUCAGAGACCUGCAGCUCACUGAGGAGCCUGAGGUCACCUACCAGUUUGAGCCCUACACUGCCACUGCAGCCUCCACACAGCAUCCAGCUCGACCCCUUAAUGACAGCUUCAACACAGACCAGCAGAGCAGCUCUGAGGGUCAACCCGGCACCGGAGAGACCACGACAGGGGAGGACCUUAGCGCUGAAAACGCCAGAAAGAGACAAGGCCACAAAUCGUGGGGUUCUACAGUGAGCGAUGCAGACAGUGUAGAAGGGGAAGGUGGCCUGGAAUCUCCUACCACCAGUUCAGGUAAGGCUUUCUCUGUCUGUCUCUCUGUCUCCCUCCAUCUCCUGCAGUGCUGUAGCUGUGUGUGUGUGUGUGUGUGUGUGUGUGUUAUUGUUUUGUACGUUUUAGGUGACAUCAGUAAAAUGGCACGCACCUCCUCCACCGGGACCAUGUCGUCCAACGAGGAUCCAGAUGAGAAGGACGGGAAUGUGGCCUCCUUCGAAGCACCAAACAUAAAUGGCAUGGAGCCUGAGAUUGCGGUUCCAACCGGACCUUUCCGUAACAUUGGGCUCUCCAAAGCCGCCCAGACUCAUCGGCUGCGUAAACUCCGCACCCCGUCCAAGUGUCGGGAGUGCGACAGCUACGUGUACUUCCAGGGAGCAGAGUGUGAGGAGUGUUUCCUGGCAUGUCAUAAGCGGUGUCUGGAGACGUUAGCCAUCCAGUGUGGCCAUAAGAAACUGCAGGGUAGACUCCAGCUGUUCGGCCGAGACUUCUCCCAGGUGUCCAGCGGCAGCUCUGACAGCAUCCCAUUCAUCAUCACUAAGUGCAUUUCGGAGAUCGAGAGACGAGCACUGAAGACGAAGGGUAUCUACAGAGUAAAUGGGGUGAAGACUCGUGUAGAGAAGCUGUGUCAGGCCUUUGAGAAUGGCAAGGAACUAGUGGAGCUCUCUCAGUGUUCCCCCCAUGACAUCAGCAACGUCCUCAAGCUCUACCUCCGACAGCUUCCAGAGCCCAUCAUGCCGUUCCGCCUGUACAACAGCCUCAUGGGGUUAGCCAAGGAGAGCCUGCAAACUGAGGGAGGGGAGGCCGGGACGGGGAAGGGGCCAGAGCUGGUGGACCUAGGACCAGAUACGGACCCAGCGGUCCUGGCUGUGGUGGAUAGACUUAGGGAGCUGGUGAAAGAGCUGCCCAAGGCUAACGUAGCCACGCUGCGCUACAUCGUACGUCACCUGCGCAGGAUUGCAGAGUUGGAGCAGGACAAUAAGAUGAGUCCCAGUAACCUGGGCAUCGUGUUUGGCCCCUCUCUGAUAAGGCCCCGGCCCACAGGGGCCACAGUGUCCCUGUCCUCUCUAGUGGACUACCCCCACCAGGCCCGCAUCAUAGAGACACUCAUCGUCUUCUACACAGCCAUCUUCCAGUCCAAAUCCUCUAGCACCAGCAGUCGCCCAUCCUCCAUCUCCAUCCAACAGAGUGUCAGUGUGGAUGUUGAGGAGGGCAGCAGUACCGUGGUAGCUGAAGGAGAGGAACAGGAAGCCAAAGCGGAACAGAGCAGAACAGACUCUGACAAGAUGGAGGAGGGCUGUGGAAGUUUUCCAGGUUCCCUGAGCUCCAGUGAGCAGAUAGUGGACUCUGACUCAGAGCUGGAUGAGACUGGGAGGGGGUCCACACACCACCCGCACUGCCUGGUCAAACAGGAGAGCGAGGUCAGCACAGAGGAUGACCAACUGAACUGCAGGGAUAGUCUGGAACUCUCCAGCCAGUCUGUACCCCAGACCGACCCGGAACCAGACCAAGACCAGGAGAGUCCUGGUCCCGAUGCCUCGGACCACGACCCACCUGAGCCCCCAGACAGCGAGCCCCCGGACCUGGAGGUGUCAGAGCAAGAGCUGAGCAUCUCCCUGGCUGAGCUCAACAUGAAUCAGUCCAACAACUAUGUUCUGGGCCAUGUGUGGAGCGAAUCUCAGUUUGGUGCCGAGGGACAGGGAGCCAGAGUUUGUGUAAACACGACCUGUGCAAUGUGUCAACCUCACUGAAAGUCUUUCCUGGAAUUGUAUGAUAUAUGAAGUUAAAGUUUUAUAUGUACUUCAAGAGGUUGGAUCCUGGUUUUAGCUUUGGUAUAGAAUGUCAGCAUUGAAUAUACUACAUGGCACAUCCCUCAUAGACACUUAGUUAUAGCUGUUUUCUGCCAUCAUUCAUUAUAGUUCUAACCAGCUGUGACUUAAUCAUUUGGAAAGUAAAUACCUUCUAGAUUAUCGCUGUGCCAGUUUGUAUUUCAAAUAUACAAAUAUAGACGUUGCUCUUUAAAGCUUGAAUAAUGUCCAGUCGUGAGGGAUCUUUGUCUUGUAUGUGUGAUUUGUGUGUGCGAUGCAUUUCUAAGAUAAUUAUUCCAGGUAUUUAAAGUGCUGCUGGUUUUAUUUCAGCACUAAAAUUGAAAAAAAAAUGCAUUUUUACAUUUUGUGUUUUUAUAAAUUGUAUCAUUUUGCCUUGCGUUGGAUGGAUUUGUCAUUAUCGGUUGAAUCACUUUUUGUCAAUGUUUUGUAAUAAAGAGUAUGCUAUCAUAAAUGUUA